AUGCCCCGGUACACCUUCAAGAAGAUAAAUGUCGUCGAAGAAGACUUUGGCGAAAUAUUUGCAGAAACCUGCGACAGCGAGUCGAUCAGGCCGGGCUCGAGUUUCUGCUCCGCGUACGGCGAGGGCGACUCCCUUCGCAAGCCCAACGGCGAGCAAAUCACCAUUAAAUCAUUCACGAUGACAAACUCCAACCGCAUGGAGGUGAAGCUCAUCACUUGGGGCGCGACCAUCGUCUCCGUCAAGUGCCCGGAUAAGUACGGCGACGUUGCCGACGUCGUUCUUGGGUUCGACGACCUGAAAGGCUACCUGGACCCCACCUUGAAUCAGUUCGUGGGCUGCGUCCUCGGGAGAUGCGCCAACCGCAUAAGGGAUGGUACCUUCAAGUUGAAAGGCAGCGAUUACGUUUUGACGAAAAACGAGUCGAAGAGGCACCACUUGCACGGCGGAACAAACGGGUUCGGUCGGCGGAUCUGGGAGUCGCACGUGGACGAGAGCUGCUGCGUGGUGAUGAGUUAUUUGAGCCAGGACGGGGAGGAGGGCUACCCGGGCGCGGUGCUCGCUACGCUCAAGUUCAAAUUGACGAACGACAACAGGCUGGAGAUCAGUUGCCGGGCGAGCACUUCCAAACCAACGGUCGUCAACUUGUCCCACGGAUCUCUGUUCAAUUUGGCUGGACACUGCGCAGGGGAGGCGGAACUAAGGAAACAUCAGAUCUUGUUGAACUGUGAUCGUUGGACGGUUGCCGAUUCGAACGAUGACCCGCCCAUACCGAUCGGAACGAUUCGCGGCGUCGGGGGCACGAUAAUGGAUCUGCGGGUACCGAAGCUCCUCGGAGACGUCAUUGAUGCAGUUCCAGGAUCCAAAGGUUUCGAGCACAACUUUUGCGUCCUCGCGAGGCGCUCGCAGCCCGAAGUUUUGUUCGUCGCUAGAGUCUUUCACGAGCCAAGCGGCAGAUUCCUCGAAGUUUACUCGGACCAGCCGGGCGUGCAGUUGUACACAGCCGGUAGAUUACCACCUUACGAGAACACGUACAUCACGGACACAGAGUCGAGUGAGCUGAGCUCGUACGAGUGCGGGGAGGAGUGCGACUGCGAGUCCGAAAAGCCCCUCGAGUUCAUACCGGGCAAGUGCGGUGCUCAGUACACAAAGUUUGCCGCGCUGAGCAUCCAGCCGCAAAACUACCCCGAUGCUGUCAACGUGCCGCAUUUUCCAUGCGCGGUACUGCGGCCGGGCCAAGUUUACUACCACGACUUAGUGUACAAACUCGGGGUCCAGCUCGACUCGCCCGAGUGCAAAAUACACUGCUGA